UGCCAGCCGACUUUUUGAGGACCUUCUGGUUGAUUACAAUAAACUUGUUCGACCAGUGAGGAACAAAACCGAUGCUUUGGUUGUGCAUUUCAAGCUUAAACUAUCCCAGCUUCUUGAUGUGCACGAGAAGAAUCAAAUAAUGACAACGAAUGUCUGGCUACAGCACACAUGGACAGAUACCAAGCUGCAGUGGAAUCCGGACGAAUAUGGAGGCAUCAGUGUGCUGUAUGUCCCCUCCGAUAUGAUCUGGAUACCGGAUAUUGUUCUCUACAAUAAUGCUGAUGGCAACUAUCAGGUGUCAGUUAUGACAAAAGCCAAACUAUCGCCGAACGGUACUGUCGAAUGGGCUCCACCAGCAAUUUAUAAAAGUAUGUGCCAGAUCGAUGUGGAAUGGUUUCCGUUUGAUGAGCAGACUUGCGAAAUGAAAUUCGGUUCUUGGACAUAUGGUGGCCUAGAGGUUGACCUUCAGCACAAAGAUUCGUUUAAUGAAAGAAUGGAAACCGAAAUGACACUGGAUGGUAAUGGAAAACACGUUGAAACAGUAUGGAUCGUUGAUCAAGGCUUGUUUUAA